GGUUAUUCUGCCUUAGCCCGCCUAUAAAAAUGCUAUUGGCUGUUACCUGGCUUGGCCAAAGUACAGCCAGAAUGUCUUCUCUCGCCAUUCAGUGCAUUUGUUAUUUGGGCUGAAAGGAAAUAAGCAGGACCCUGCGCUUCCAGAGCAAAGAUGGAGCAAGAGGACGCAGUCAGGAGGGAAGGGAGGCUGACACCAGUGCUUGCCCUGGCGACGCUGAUAGCUGCCUUUGGGUCAUCCUUCCAGUAUGGGUACAACGUGGCCGCUAUUAACUCCCCUGCCGAGCUCAUGAAAGCAUUUUAUAACGAGACCUACUAUGACAGAAUCGGUGAAUACAUAAACGAAUUCUCCUUGACCUUGCUGUGGUCAAUUUCUGUGUCCAUGUUUCCCUUUGGAGGCCUCCUCGGCUCCCUCAUGGUCGGCCCCUUGGUGAAUACAUUAGGCAGAAAAGGAACCUUGCUGUUCAACAACAUCUUUUCCAUCGUGCCUGCGAUCUUAAUGGGAUGCAGUGAAGUUGCCAAGUCAUUUGAGAUGAUAAUUGUGGCCAGACUUUUGGUGGGAAUAUGUGCAGGUCUGUCUUCCAAUGUCGUCCCUAUGUACUUAGGGGAGCUGGCCCCUAAGAACCUGCGGGGGGCCCUGGGGGUGGUGCCCCAGCUCUUCAUCACCGUCGGCAUCCUUGCGGCCCAGAUCUUGGGUCUUCGGAGUCUCCUCGCAAACGAAGCAGGCUGGCCCAUCCUCCUCGGCGUGACCGGGAUCCCCGCGGCACUGCAGCUCCUUCUGUUGCCCUUCUUCCCCGAGAGCCCCAGGUACCUGCUCAUUCAGAAGAAAGAUGACGUGGCUGCCAAAAACGCGCUGAGGGAACUGCGAGGCUGGGACGACGUGGACGCCGAGACACAGGAGAUCUGGGAGGAGGACAGGGCCGAGAAGGCCGCGGGCUUCAUCUCCGUGCUGAAGCUGCUGAGAAUGAGGUCCCUGAGGUGGCAGGUCAUCUCCAUCGUCGUCCUCAUGGGCGGCCAGCAGCUGUCGGGAGUGAACGCGAUAUACUACUACGCAGACCAGAUCUACCUGAGCGCCGGGGUGAGGGCACAGGAUGUCCAGUACGUGACGGCGGGCACAGGCGCAGUGAACGUGCUGAUGACCGUCUGCGCCGUUUUCGUGGUGGAGCUCCUGGGGAGGAGAUUCCUGCUCCUCCUAGGCUUCUCCAUCUGCUUCACCGCCUGCUGCGUGCUGACGGCCGCCCUGGCUCUGCAGGACACAAUAUCCUGGAUGCCCUACGUCAGCAUCGCCUGCGUCAUCUCCUAUGUCAUAGGACAUGCCCUUGGGCCCAGUCCUAUCCCCGCACUGCUCAUCACCGAGAUCUUCCUGCAGUCCUCCCGGCCGGCCGCCUACAUGGUGGGGGGCAGUGUCCACUGGCUCUCCAACUUCACUGUGGGCUUGAUCUUCCCAUUCAUUCAAGUGGGCCUCGGAGCUUACAGCUUUAUCAUUUUUGCCAUGAUAUGUGUUCUCACCACCAUCUACACCUUCCUGGUUGUCCCCGAGACCAAGUCCAAGACCUUCAUAGAAAUCAAUGAGAUCUUCACCAAGAUGAACAAAAUGUCAGAGGUGCACCCAGAAAAGGAGGAGCUAAAGGACUUUCCGCCCUCUACUGCGGGGCAGUAACUCGAGAGGAGGAGCCUGUGAAUCAGGUCUGCGUGGAGCUUCCCUCCUGGGCUAUGAAUCCAGAACUAGGACAAGUCCGGUGUGGAAGGCAGGCCCUGAUGAGACUGUCGUAAGGGCUUCUGUGCAGUUCUUAAAGCCAGGCUGUCUCUUUCCAGGUUGACCCAUCACCAACCCCAAGGCAUGCCGGGCAGCUGUCCCUCAGCCAUGCUGGGUCAGCCAUUGUGUGGCUCCUGGCAACACCGGCUCUUAUAAUGAAAGCCAUUACCAUGGUGUUGAGAUGGAAGGACUCAAACGUGGCCAAAGAAACUAGUUCUUCUCCAAUCCCGUAGUCUUCCGGGACCCACGGGCCCGUGUUCAGGGUGGAAUCCAUCCUCUUGUCAGAUCCAUCUCCAGAAACACUAGUUUUGAAAAGUAUGAUGUCGUGAGUCAUGAAGUCUAGGAAUCUGGGAAGCAGGUCCCUAUGGAGACUUUAACCAAGUCAGAGAUUAUUGUUCCCAAAUUAUAUUAUUAGAGGACAAUAGAAUUGCCUUUGUAUAC